UCACAUCAGCCUCUGCACACAAAACUUACAAUUCCAAUUCCCACCUCUCUUAAUCUAUUCUCUCCUAGGGUUUCACCAUCAAAAAACACAUACAAAAAUGAGUGGCAAGGGGGCUACAGCUACUACUAAAGGAGGCAGAGGGGUUUCAAAGACCAAGUCAGUGUCUAGAUCUUCCAAGGCUGGCCUUCAGUUCCCUGUGGGGAGGAUUGCUAGGUUUCUUAAGGCUGGCAAGUAUGCUGAGCGUGUUGGGGCUGGAGCACCUGUUUAUCUCUCUGCUGUGCUUGAGUAUCUUGCUGCUGAGGUUCUAGAGCUUGCUGGCAAUGCUGCAAGAGACAAUAAGAAGAACAGGAUUGUGCCAAGGCACAUUCAGUUAGCGGUGAGAAAUGAUGAGGAGUUGAGCAAGCUUUUGGGGACUGUUACUAUUGCUAAUGGUGGUGUUUUACCAAACAUUCACUCAACUUUGUUGCCGAAGAAGGUGGGCAAAGGGAAGGAUGAAAUUGGAUCUGCUUCACAAGAGUUUUAGAGUGUUUAUGUUGAAUGAGAGUGCAGAGUGCUCGAGUUUAUGUAAGUGAGAAUGAUGGGGUUUAAUGUUUCCGGGAUUUUGUGUAAUCUCUUGAUGCAAAACCCCUAAUUUUGGAUGGUUUGAUGAAUUUGAAUAUACAAAGUUACUAUAUUUCGGUUGAA